CUCACAGUGAUACGCCUGGCUCUGCCUCCCAAGUGCUGGGAUUAGAUGUGCGCCACUUAAAAGUAUGCAGAAAUAGAUCAGCGUCACAGGACCACAUAGGGGUGUGUGUGUGUGUUCCUGUAUGCAGCUUCCUACCGUUUUCAGAAUACUUCACAACCCAGUUGAGCAUCAGCACACUCUCUGUGUAGGAAAACUGCGCUAUGCCAACAACAGCAAUUACAAAAAUGAUGUCAUGAUCAGAAAAGAGGCUUAUGUACAUAAAAGUGUGAUGGAAGAGUUAAAGAGAAUUAUUGAUGACAGUGAAAUCACCAAAGAAGAUGAUGCUCUGUGGCCCCCUCCUGACCGAGUAGGCCGGCAGGAGCUUGAAAUCGUCAUUGGCGAUGAACACAUUUCUUUUACCACAUCAAAAAUUGGUUCCCUUAUUGAUGUCAACCAGUCUAAGGAUCCAGAAGGCUUACGAGUAUUUUAUUAUCUUGUCCAGGACCUGAAGUGUUUAGUCUUCAGUCUCAUUGGAUUACAUUUCAAGAUUAAACCCAUCUAGAUUGGAUAUUGUGGACAUGGGGAGGGAGUUUUUAGUUACCAUAAUUAGGAUUUUUUUUUUCUGUAUAUUGGGGCAAUUUUUAUAAACAAUAAAUGAUGGUCUUUAAUAAACGUAGUAAUGUACUUUUUUGUUAUUUUCCUA